GGGAGUGGAACCUCAACCCAGCAUGUUAUCGUGAUAGAGUCUGCAGAUGUAGAGGCUUCAGGUCCAGGAGGAUCGUCUCUGGUCAGCAGGAAAAGUCUGAAGGAGAGGAGGACCACGGCACAGCAGAGACAUCCACCCUGUAGCCACGGAGGACCUACCACCUGCUGCCGCGCCCAAGCCUAGGACACGACGCAGCAUCACGGAGGUCAGUGGAACGCCGAACGCCGUCCUCAAGUCAGAGGACAGACACCGAGACUUUAACUCUAACCCAAAGGCUUUUACACACAGGAUCUGACCACAGGUCAGAUCCAGAGAGACUGGGGCCACUGGGCUGUUCUCCUGCUCCCAGUUCAGAGWAUUUACUUYAUGGUAACCCAAGCCCGAGGACAGCUCAAUCCAAUCGGGACUCAGGUGACGCGUUCGAGACUGGCAAUGAUCUGUCUUGUUCUUACGCUACAGAGAUGGACCCUGGCAACAUAUCCUUGGGUUUAGAGACACAGACUGAUCUGUCUAGAGGGGACUGGAACCGGUACAGUAGUACUGUAUAYUCUGAAGGGUGCCUAGAUAAGAAAGGGGAGGUUAUAGUUGUAAAUGACGUAAAAGUGGAGGGYGACGCUUCUCCCACGUGGAAUGUAGACGAGACUCAUUUAGRAGGACACUCACAAGGCAAAGAUUUCUUAGAUUACAGGGGAAGCUUAAAGACAAAUCCAAAUGUCACCACCCACUACGCUUUACACAAUUUCAGGGWUCGCGACCCAGURUCCACAUUGAUGGCCCCUUCGGAUUCAMUCGACCGCGUCCUUUUCGAUCAGRUAUUGAACUCAAAGGACCAAAGGGCCAAGGCACAUGGUGGGUGYGCAAAAUCAGGUAGURGUAAAGAGAAACGGUUCCUCUGYGUGUUCUGUAACAAAGGCUUCAGCUGCCUCCAGAAUGUUGAGAUCCACCAGAGGGUCCACACAGGGGUGAAACCCUUCAGCUGCCCCCAGUGUGAGAARAGGUUCUCCCAGGCUUGUGACMUGAAGAGGCACCAGAGGGUCCACACAGGGGAGAAACCAUAUAGCUGCCCCCAGUGUGAGAAAAGGUUCUCCCAGGCUGGUGACCUGAAGAGGCACCAGAGGGUCCACACAGGGGAGAAACCAUUUUGCUGUACCCAGUGUGACAUGCGCUUCGCCCUGGCUGGCAACCUGAAGAUGCACCUGAAGGUCCACACGGGAGCUUCUCAGAGGGAAGCAGCAGAAAAACCAUUCCACUCUAACAUAGAAAGUAACCAUUCCACUCGAUAGCUUCUGAUGUUUAGAUCAAACCCUGCUCACUGUUGAAUAUUGUGUCCAGACAUUGUUAUUAAUUUAUAUAUGCCUAAAAAGUAUGUUACAUAUUGUUUGUACUGUGUAGCCUAUAUGAUGUUCAGAUGCCUAUUUCAUUACUUCCUUUCAACUGCUUAAUUUUUCCUAAGACACUUUUAAUGAGAAAAUGAAUGCAGUUUAUCAAGUUCAUGCAGAUUUAUUUUUUGUUGAAACAUUACAUGCAAGUCAUUUAACAGAUUUUUUUUAUUCAGAGCGAUUUAGUAGUGCAUUCAUCUUAAGAUAGCUGGGUGAGACAACCACAUAUCACAGUUGCAGGAAGUCACUGCUUUGAUGUUCUUUGUACUCCAUGGAGUUGUCAAUCAACCGUGAUGUGGUUUUGGAGCUGGCAGUCCUUCCCCGAGAGGAAGAGCAGCUCCGUCUUGUUGAGCUUGAGGYGGUGGGCCGGGUACGCAGAGAAACACGUAUGUGUGGUUUUCGUAUGGUGCAUUUAAAACUUGUUUUAUGUUGAAUAAACACAAAAUUUGACUUUU